ACUGUGAUAACUAAAAUUCUCUUCUUUUCCUUUCUGAUAUAUAUUUAACUCUUAGGAUUCAACCUUUAACCUACAAUGGAGGAUCCCAUGCUGGUAACCAAGGGCUGAAGGCCUAGCUCUGUGUGUCUGAAACUCCGGAUUUAUUUUAACUGUAAACGAUGUCCAAGCUCUCCAGAGUGACGAAAGCCGUGAAGAAAGUGGACCCCGGUAACGUGAUCCGUGCCAUCGUACGCUCCGGUCAAGCAGCCCCAGGACCACCUCUCGGCCCCACCCUCGGUCAGCGAGGGAUUCCCAUCGGGCAGUUCUGCAAGGAGUUUAACGAGAAGACCAAGGAAAUCAAAGAGGGGAUUCCAUUGCCCAUUAAGAUCAUUGUCAAUCCUGAUCGCACGUACGAGCUGAAGAUCAACAAGCCCACGGUCUCCUACUUCCUGAAGGCAGCGGCAGGAAUCGAGAAGGGAGCUGGCAGGCCAGGUCACGAGGUGGCGGGCAUGGUGACCGUGAAGCAUAUCUACGAAAUCGCCAAGAUAAAGUCUCAGGAUGAGAGCUUCCAGCUCCAGGACAUGCCGCUGAAGAACGUCUGCAAAAGUCUGAUCGGAACAGCCCAGUCCCUUGGGAUCAAGGUGGUCCAAGACCUCUCAGCCCAGGACUACGCCAGGUUUCGGGAGCAGAGGGAGGAGCAGCUGAAGGCCGAGGUGUCCUCCCUCGAGGCAGCCGCCCCCAAGAAGAAAUAGCAGCCGCCAGUUUGGAGACGGUCCCUGCCACGAGAGGCCUUGAGAAGCAACCAACUGGACUCCGGUGUUGACCAGGGAACCCCCUCCUGCCCCUAAAUUCCAUUGUGUCUGUUAACCCCACUGUGGGCUGCCCACACAUCAACCCCAAGGACAGCUGAUGUUUCUGAUGUAUCACUCCCGGUUUGUGGGGUCUGGGGUUUGCUGAGACUUUGGGCACACACUGGUGACUCUUGGCUAUCAGUGCAGUGUGCUGGUUCAUAUGUGAAUCUGUGAUAUAUUUAUAACUUGUAAUAAAUUCUACAACAGUUACUUCCGAUAGUCAAUGCUGGGAUUUACUCAGUCUCUCAUCUGCCAAAUCUUCCCCAAUCCUGUCCCCAGCCAUCACCCCCUCCCCAGAGACUCACUCCCCACAAUCGUGUUGGAAAUGGAGGGAGCGCCACGCUGUGGGAGGGGCGGUGAGGAGGGAGUACCGCGCUACAGGAGGAAGUAC